AGUCUGUCAGGGAUACAACCGGUGACUGUCCGAGUAAUCGCGGGAUAAAAUCGCAAAAAGAAAUCAGCGCAUUGUCGGAGAGGAGUUCGCUGUGGGGCUCCAAGAUCUCAGACAUUAUCCGCCAAAAUGAGUCCGGUGGAUACAACGCCCGUAACGCCGUUCCCGAUAUGGGCGCGGGACAUCGCAAGUGAUCUCAAGGAGGCCCCCGAGACUUUGUCGAGCUGGGACAAUUGCAUGGCUAAAUCCUACUGCAAAUGGCCCGUUAUCGUCGCUAUUAUCGUCGGAGGUGUCAUCGUUAUUUCGGUUCUCGCCUGUGUGAUCAACUGUCUAUGCUGCGGUUAUCAGUGCUGUAAAAGCUGUUGCUGCUCAUGCUGCUGCCCGUCUCCUCGAAACAAAAACCGGCAACCUAAGUACAUGGACGACCCUUACAAUCAGCCGUACAACCAACCCUACAGUCAACCGCCCCCGAUGCAGCCGCCCCCAAUGCAGCCGCCGCCCAUGCAACCGCCGGUGCCGGUCAACGAUCCCUAUAAGCCGUCUCCGUCUCCAGCCACGGGAUAUCGCGGCGCGCAAGUAGCGCGCUUCGAUUCCCCAUCGAGCCCAGGCCACGGCAAGUUCAACGAAGACGCGCUGCCUGCCAUGCCUAGCUGGGACAAUGCCGUGACUAGAAGAGUUGAGGAUUCAGAUCCCCAUUCAGAUGCGAUGGAAAUGGAACCGUUGAACGCAGCGAACCAACCUCCUCAACGAGCGCCGUCUGCUCCUCGACCGCAUGCAGGUGGCUAUAAUGGCGUUGGUCACAACGGUAGCGACUACGGUCAUGACUUCAACGAUGGUGGCUACAAUGGAGGUGGGCCCCAUGGACCCGGUUACAUGGGAGUUCCGCCCCUUCGAACGGGCACGCCCUCCAGUUACUAUCCCGAGUCCCGGGCACACGACAUCCCGAGAGCAUACACCCCUCAUUCGCCUGCCGUGGGGUCUCCCGCACCCAUGCAUGCCUAUGAUCAACAGCCUUACCAUGACUACUCUCCUGCGAGCGGUGCAAACCCUUGGAAUGGAAGAUCUCCCGUCCCGAGGGCCUACACUCCCCAGCCGCAGUACAUGGCCAUGGGCCCGGCCAUGACUCCCUCUGCAGAAGCUCCUCGUCCCAUUCCUUACCGCCAACCAUCCCCAGGUUUCCCUCAGGCGCCUAUGAACCAAGCUAUCUCUCCCGUGGAUGGCCAUCGCCCGAUUCCAUACCGUCAACCCUCCCCAGGGUUCAACCAGACACCCGUCUAUCAGGCCAUGUCCCCAAGCAUUCCUUCGACGCCGCCUCCGCCAUUUACGUCAACCGCCGCUCCUCACGAAGUGACUGCCGACCAGGGCCGGCCCCCGAGUCUGUUGCAGAGUGGACGCAAGCCGGCACCCAACUCCUACCGAGACGUAUAACCGGUAACAAUUAUUCAUGAAUGAAACAUUUUCUAUUUUCGACGGCGUCUAUUUGCUAUGUUACUUUCUUUCAUCUUUUAUUUCUUGGGUUCCAUUCUUUUGGCCGCUCGAGGGUUUUGGUUAUUUAUGCCUGUGUACAUAUAGGGGGGCAUACUGGGCGAUCUCCAAAUUACGAAAUGCCGGCGGAUCAUGCGAUCUUCUAUA